CUGAUCAGCUGUACUAUGUUGUCAACAAGUUAAAAGUUCCUCAAAUUCUAAAUUAGGUUAUGUUUACUUUGGAUAAUAUUUUACUAAAUUUACCAAAAAACAUUUAGCUAUGAUUCGUAACUCGUCAGAAAAAACAAAAUUAUUUUAAAGUUAGAGUGCAACUUUUGAUUACAAAGUCGAGUGCAUAACUAUGCAGGUACUCACGAUCUAUUUUGAGAAUAAAAUAUCAAAUGGAUUGUGGCCAAAGGUUAAAUUCUGAAUGAAUUUGGUAUGACUUAUUAGUCUAUUUGGUAAAGGGUGACCCUCUGUAGUGAUAAGUAUUUGAUAUGGAUGGAUUUAAGCACAGAGCUGGAGAAAAAAUUGAUGCUCUUCACGAUGCUGCUGUAGUUGCCGCUUCAAACAGUAAAGUUCGUUUAGAAAGUGUUUAUCAGCAAACAACAGAUGCUAUACUGAAGAUUCGUGAACUCUUUAAUGACAUCUGGCAUCAUGAGUUAGUAACAGAGGGUCGGGCAAGGGCUGUGGAGUGGGGUCGUGAAGCAGCCAAACGCAUACGAGAAGGAGCUCUACCCUUAUCUCCCGUUGUGCUGUAUCAGGAGCUUGUUUCUUUAUUAAAAGAUAGAGUAUGGCGUCGCAGCAUGAUAAUAUUUGCAUGUGGAGCAGUGCUCGGUGGCAGUACAGGGCUGGUCAUAGGGCUUCGCACUGCGACCCGAGGACCGAGUGGACCCCACGCGAGGGCCCUACAGACACAAGCAGACCAGAGUGUUAUACUUGUUGAGGAUGCUGUUUCACAUGGUGCGGGUUGGGGCGAAGUGCUAGUCAGAGUGCAGGCCUUUUCGGUAUCGGCGACAGACCGCAGCGUACUGAGGGGUAGGGCUUCGGCCCUACGGUCUCUCGUUACUCGCUCACACGUCACCGUGGGGAGGGGUUUCGCUGGCGUAGUUUUAGACGUCGGCCAAGGCGUAACAGAAUUCGAAAUGGGGGACGAAGUUUGGGGAUGUCUCAGCGAAUGGAGUGGGGGGGCUGCCACAGAACUACUGGUCGUGAGAAGUUCGCGUAUCAGCAAGCGUCCACGGACGUUGGGCGCGGACUCGGCGGCGUCCCUCCCUUGGGCGGGGUCGCUCGCUCUCACCGCCCUCGACGCUCUACGAAUCACUCCCGACACUUGCAAGGGCAAGCGCGUCCUAGUGGCGGGUGCGGCCAGCGGCGAAGGCUGCGCCCUGAUCCAGCUGCUGGGGUGUUGGGGAGCUCGGACCUCUGCCGCCGCCCCCGCCCCCUCCAGGGACACUCUGAGGAACUUAGGUGCCCAAGACUUCAUACAGCUGGAAGGCCAGAACGAGCACCUGGCCGCCUGUUGGCUGGUGGUGGAACAGCACGCGAGUCGCACUGGGCCGUGGGACGCUUGCAUCGCUUGCGCCGGGGCGCCGCCCAACCGCCCGCCCUACAACACGUUGCUCAAAGCUACGGCACCCCGGAGAGCGGCGUUGGAGCUUCGCCCCCGGGCUCUGGUAACGGAUCGGCUGCCGUCUCCCCUUUUUGCGCUCUUCACUGUCUCUUUCUAUUCUCUUCGCAUGCUCAGGUGGUUGACGGGUCACGGCUGGCAUUGUGACUGGUUCGAGUCUCGGCAUCGGUUGAGCGAAGGACUCGACACCCUGCGCCAUCUGGUGGAGGGGGGACAACUGUCUCCCGUUCUCGAUAAGGUUUAUUUCCCUCAAGAUUUUGAAGCUGCGCUUGCGCACGCCUGCAGCGACGAAGCGGUCGGCACCACUGUUGUCAGAUUUCCCUGAGGCCGAAUGUGAUGUAGACAAAUGUAUUGUCAAAGAUAUUUAUUUUUAUUCGAAAUUAUAUAAUAUGAACGAGGCUCAAAGAAUUGCACAAUUUGUGCUUUUAUUCGUAUUAAUUAUUUAUAAAGUCCAUUUUGGUCUAUAUUAUAAUAUGUUUUUCAAUUUAAAUAUUUUACAGAUGUUUUAUAUUUUGUUCUUAAGUAAAGUAUUUGUAAUAAACCAUAACAGUGCCAUCUAUUCGAUAAAAUGUGUAACUUUUUCUGAAAUAAUAAAGUAACGAUAGAUGCAAAGCGUUGAGUUAACAUAAUGUGUUCAUAAUAUUGUUUUAUUUAUAAUUAUACUUUAUGUGAAGGAGACAAGGUUGACUUUGUAUACAUUUAUUAACUCGGUAUUCCCAAAGAUCGGUACCUAAAACCUAAUAAAAGCACAAUAAUAUAUGUAAUAUAUUAACGAUAUUCCUACAAACAAUGAUAUACAAGUAUUAUUAUAGGAGUCGCAAUUGCGUCUUAGGCUCUUAGCUGAAUAACAAUAAAUGAAUGUCCAUUUUCGUUUCCUGAAUAUAUUUUUGUAAAAGGUUUAAAAAUAAGACUGCGAAACGGUAAAAUGUUAAUGUAGAAGUAAGAGUUGUAAAAAUUUAUUUCAAAUGUCACAACUUUAAAUCAAAAUUUAUUUAUUUUUAAUAUAUUUUUGUAAAUAGUUACAAUUAAAAUAUGUUAUUA